GACGGGUUCAGCCUUCACGUCACCGUGUUCAUCGAGCCUGAGAAUGUGCUCAAGCUCCUUGAGGCUCUGGAGUCCGUGUACGACAUGGUGACCGAGGAGGAGGAAAACUGCACCGUCUUUGAAGUGUACCAGUCGUUUGAGAACCCUGGCGAGAUCCGCUUGGUGCAGACCUGGAACAACGACAUUUACUGGAUGAAGGCGGUUCGUGCAUACCCACCUCCCCGACCGAAGCCGUUGGGAUUGAGUGGCAAUGACCGAUCAUACAAUUUCAUGACCAAGUGUUACCAUAAGACUUACUUUGCGGCUACGGAGGCUUUACACAGUAAGCCCCGCGAGUUCAAGAUCUUCAACCGCCCGGCCAUGGAAUACAAAUACUCUGCUGGGGCGCAUUAAGAAGAGAGAACGACCAAGUACUUGUUUCUUAAGGGUUAGGAAUCCUCCUCGUGAGUAUGAUUUGCUUGUGAUGUUGGUUCGGAAACAGGUGAAGUUGUCUGGGCCAAAUAUCAAGAAUUAACCCACCAUGUGCAUCAAACCCUUGGAGUGCAGAGACGUCAAUCUAGCAUCGCGCCAUUAAGCCAGUUGAUCUUAGAGAAGCUGAGAUCAAACAAGACCUUGGGUCGUCGGUUGCUCUUGUUGCAGUGUAAUCGCAAGUGCCGAAACAACUGGUAUUGUUUUGG